ACCGAUGGAACUUUGGAUGAGCAUCAUCAGCCGUCCCUCUGCUCGUUGCAACUUCUUCAUUCAUCGAUGUGACCUCCUGCUCAACCUCACCAUUAUCCCUUUUCGUCCCGCUAGUCUGGUAGUCGAGAUCAACCGGGAUCCAUCUCUUCUCUUGACAGAGGGCAGUUAUCGUCGACCGCCCCAGGCAUACAGAGAUUGGGUCGAGAGUCGAAACCGACUUCGCGAGGCCACGGAACCGGUUUCCUGGUCGAGGACGCCAGGCAUGAUUUCUGCGCCUCGUUCGACUUCUUUUGCAGACUGCUUACGACGAGUCCUGGAACGCCGCUCAUACCACCUCACUUGACGCCAGCCCUCGUCUGCCGCAUUCCAUCAACUCCUCCUGUUUCUAACCCAAGCCGCCCCGGAUUCUGCAAGGUCCCAUCGUCUCACCCCUGCCUCGGGCAUCCUUUGGAGCCGAUCAGUGAUCGUCUAACUAUUUGACAGAUUGGACGUCGCUCUCUCGUCGACUUCUUGCCAGCUCUACUCUACUUGUGUUUCGCGACGCAGAUCAGUGUCUACGGCGGCCCAAGGCUGAUCAUGUCUUGUCGUGGGCUACACAUCUAGUGCUAUUGUCAACCACGAGAACUUCAUCAAAUUCUCCUCCCUGCGGGCCUGGUCACAAAUUCAUGUCGCGGUGAACUGGUUCAGCACUGCAUAUUCGAUUUCGUGCAUUCUGUAAAGGAACUGUCUUUGAGGACUAUGCCCAAGCAGCCAGCCCGAUCUUCACCAUCCGAGACUUUCCUCUCGGCUGAUCCAACACCUCAACGGUCUAACAUUCACUUCUCCGAUAUGCCUACCUCGACAAUCACGGUCUCUAACACGAGUUCUCGGAGGACCCCCGGCCAGACUCAAAGAACUCUUGAAAAUGCUCAGAUUGCACCACCACUACCACCACCGGCCGAGACGGGGCCUUCGGUCGAAGAACCGACGCCGAAAAGGCCUAAGCGGGCGCUUAAGCUCACGGCUUCCCAACGUGAGAGAAAAAGAGCCAUCGACCGCGAGGCACAGCGAAGCAUCCGUCUGAAAACCAAGAAUUACAUUGCCCAUCUGGAGAACUUGGUCCGAAUCAUGGAGAAUGGGGGCUCGUCCGCAAGUCAGGGCGAGGGCGGUGAGCAACCCCAAGGGCAGGCCAUCACCGAGGAAGGGCAAGAAAGAGUCAGAGCAUUAUUAUCCCAACUGAGGCAGAGCGAGGAUGAGGUCAGACGACUGAGGGAGAUGGUCACUGGAGUACAGAGGCUGGUGGCAGGUGCUUUGAAUCCUGGCGAGGAUUCCGCAACCAAACAACUUACGGGCUCUGAGGCUUACAACAUCCAGCAACCAACACGGAUGGCGACGCCUCUACAGGUCAUGGUCCCGGAUCACUUUGAGAACAGCGCGUCCGUUUAUUCCCAUAGUUCGGAUUCAUCAUCCCCUGUGAUCGAGCUUGGCUAUCUACCAUUUGACCAACCGAGGUCUGCCGAGGCAUCCGCGCCCAAUUUCACCCCAAGGGUGCCAGGUCUUCGAGCCCUUCCUCCGCACCACCCAGAUCGCUUCGAUAGCCUUGGGAGGUUUGUUCCUCCCGUCACAACAUUGGAGCCACCAACCUCCGAGCCGCUCGACACCCCCAAGGACAGGGUCGAAGGUGAACUGUUUUUCCUCUCCGAACGUGAGGUUAACCGAGUAUUGGCAGGAGGUCACCAGUCCUUCGCGAAUCAACCCCUGGACGAAGAUAUCGUCGUCCGCGCAGUAUUGCACGGAUGGCGCGAUGUGCAGGACAUCUAUCUGCUGGACAGAGGCUGGCAGGCGCUCAGGAGCAUUGACCAAUCCAUCUUCCGCGAAUGUGGCGUUGUGGAGAGAAUCGCCAUCCUCCACAUGAUGCGGCUGAAGCUGCUCCAUCAGAGCAACGUCAAUCCGCAGUUUCUGGCUCCGCUACCGCCAUUCUUCCAGAGAGGUCCCACGGAAGACCCGGAGAUCCUGGAGAAGACGCCCCUCAUCGAGCACUUUAUUUGGCCCGGCCUGCGGACCUGCUUGUGCAAGAAUGCGAGGAGGUAUAUCAACAACAAGUUCUCCGAUUCGUUCCGGCGAUCACUAAAGUUCCUAUGGCCCUACGACGUAUCGGAUGUUUACGAGAGAGACCCCAUCACCCAGCUAUACUCGGUCAUGCCGGAAUUCAAACGACGCGAAGGGGAUCUCCGGUCGUGGACGAUGAGGAAGGAUUUCUUUACACAUGCAAGCGAACUAAUCGGCGCGAUACCGGUGUAUGAGCCGUCUUUGGACCGAGCCCUGAUUCCUGCAGGGUCAGUACCGAUGCCAACAGGUCUGAAUGCAGGACAGCCGUCCCGGCGGAUGCUGCAGAAAGCACCUGCGGGGGUCAUGGAAAAGCAAGAAGCCCACGAGUCGCAGCUGGGGCCGAUGCAUGCAGGUGCACAUGGUCACAUCUCUCAUCCUAUGGGCAGCCAUCCGGCUGUAACGACGACGAAUGUCGCUGUGACGCAGAUUCCGCACGCUGCUGAGGUUGAAGCUUGGCUAGGAGAUCCUGAUCUGGUGCCGCAGUAUUGGAAUAUGGGACCUGGCAUCAAUGUGGGAUAUGAGGCGGUUUCUCCCCAGUGGACAAGUGUUCCACGAGGAUUUGGAGGAUGAUUAGUGUUUACGCCGAACCGGGUGGCCCACUUGAAAAGCGAUGUCUUUGUCCAUGCGUCUAUGUCAUUCUGAAUGUAUUGGUAUUUUGAUUCACGGCUGUGCUACAGUAGAACACGGGGAUUCCGCUUCUGAAGAUCUGCGGCUUUCCAAGCGCGUGGCCAGGAGAUAUCUCGGGAUCCCCAUCGAGUAUCAGUUGC